AUGGCAUCCCCACUCACCUGCUCCGCCGUCGACCUAACCCCUCUCCUCGGCCUCGCCGCCAACGCCACCGCUGCUGCCGACUACAUAUGCAGCCGCUUCACCGCCGCCGAUGACCAAUUCACCAACACCGCAUACGCCAUCAACAACACCUACCUCCUCUUCUCCGCCUACCUCGUGUUCGCCAUGCAGCUCGGGUUCGCCAUGCUCUGCGCAGGCUCGGUCCGCGCCAAGAACACCAUGAACAUCAUGCUCACCAACGUUUUGGACGCUGCCGCUGGCGGCAUCUCGUAUUACAUAUUCGGCUUUGCUUUCGCCUUCGGUGUACCUUCCAACGGAUUCAUCGGAAAACAUAACUUCGGGCUGAAAUCGAUCCCGUCCGAGGUUUACGACUAUAGUUUCUUUCUGUACCAGUGGGCAUUCGCCAUAGCAGCUGCGGGUAUCACCAGUGGCUCCAUUGCUGAAAGAACUCAGUUUGUGGCAUACCUUAUUUACUCUUCCUUCUUGACAGGUUUUGUGUAUCCUAUAGUGUCACAUUGGGUGUGGUCUACUGAUGGUUGGGCCAGUGCCUCACGAACCAGCGGCAGUCUCUUGUUUGGGUCAGGAGCCAUUGACUUUGCUGGCUCCGGUGUGGUCCACAUGGUGGGUGGGAUCGCGGGUCUUUGGGGUGCAUUAAUUGAAGGACCAAGACUUGGUCGUUUUGAUCGUUCUGGUAGGUCCGUCGCCUUACGAGGCCACAGUGGCUCCCUUGUCGUUUUGGGUACAUUCCUUCUAUGGUUUGGUUGGUAUGGUUUCAAUCCCGGUUCUUUCAUCACCAUCUCAAAAUCGUAUAAUACUUCGGAUACUUUUUAUGGCCAAUGGAGCGCUGUUGGGAGGACAGCCGUCACCACCACGUUGGCUGGGUGCACUGCCGGACUCACCACUUUGUUUAGUAAACGACUACUAGUCGGUCACUGGAAUGUGACUGACGUUUGUAAUGGCUUGCUAGGAGGUCUAGCCGCCAUUACCUCGGGAUGUGCAGUGGUCGAGCCGUGGGCUGCAAUCGUUUGUGGCUUUGUCGCGGCUUGGGUUCUCAUAGGAUUUAACAAGCUUGCGGAAAAGCUGAAGUACGACGACCCGCUAGAGGCGGCACAAUUACACGGUGGGUGCGGGUCGUGGGGAUUAUUGUUCACAGGGUUGUUCGCCGAGAAACAAUAUGUCCAUGAGGUUUAUGGCCUUGGGCGGCCUUAUGGGCUUUUUAUGGGCGGUGGUGGGAAGUUAUUCGCAGCUCAGAUCAUCCAAAUAUUGGUGAUCAUUGGGUGGGUCAGCGCGACCAUGGGCCCGCUUUUCUAUGCCUUGAAAAAACUCAAGUUGUUGAGGGUGUCAAAAGAAGACGAAAUGGCAGGAAUGGACAUGACUAGGCAUGGUGGAUUUGCGUAUGUUUAUCACGACGAAGAUACUAGUUCGCACCCGCCACCAGGGUUCAUGAUGAGAAGGAUCGAACCAUCAGGUGCAAGUCCAGCACCAAACAAUGACUCAACAACCAACGUCGUGUAGUUGGGCCCUCUUUUUUCAGGUUUUUGUUACAAUAUAUGAACUUUUGUGUCGUUUAAGAAUGGUAUAUAUUAGAACACGAUCAACAACUUCAACAUGGGAAGAAGAACAUACCUAACCGGUUACAAUCGUGUAGAUUGGUCAGCGAAGGUGUUGCGUUUGUGAAUCGGGAUGAAGUAAAUAGCCCAUCAACUGAAGACAUAUGUGGUCGUUCUACUGAUGAUGGUGUGUUUGAUGGUAAAGAUGUUUAUAAGUUAAACUUGCUACGUUAUCGUGUUUCUUUACUCUUGGUUUAAUUGUCAUAUUAAGAUACUAUAUGUGAAUAACAUGUAAAAAUAUAAUUUAUUUAUGUUUUGUUUUAUACA